AUGCCCGACACUGAUGUGCUGGAACUAACGGGAAUCCUCAGCAUCUACGCCAUACUGAGGAAAAAUCACCUGGUGCGCAUGGACGACGAGCGACUACCUAAACGACUCUUCUACGGAGACGUCGCGACGGGUUCUUGCCGUCCAGGAGGCCAGAUUCGCCGUUACAUGGAUACCCUGAAGUCCUCUCUGAAACGCCUGUAAAUCAAUCCCACCAACUGGGAGGAGCUCGCACUCGAUCGACCGACCUGGAGGAGGACAGUGAAGACAGACGCUGCGAUCUGCGAUGCCAACCGCAUCGCUGCCGCGAAAGCGAAACGUGAAGCCCGCAAAUCACAACUUCGCCCAGUACGCAACGCCGCCUCACAACCGCUUCCAACGUGUCCUCGAUGUCAACGGACGUUCCCGCCUCGAAUCGGACUUGUUGGACAUCUUCGGAUUAACUGCGCCUCAAGAACGGCACCAACCAUCGUCUCCCCGGCCGCCUCUUCCUGCUCAUCUCCGCCGCCAACUAACACUGACUAUUCUUCUGAACCACCACUCCCACCCUCCUCCCCAUCCUCCUCCUCCUCCUCCUCCUCCUCCUCCUCCCACUCCUUCUUCCUCUUCCUCUCCUCCUCCUCCUCCCUCUCCUCCUCCACCACUGUCCCAACGGUGGCCGCUCAGGCGGCCGUCUCGCACAUCACCAACCGCGACACAAAAACAGACACCACUCCCACCUCUCUCGACUCCAGCGAUGAGGAUCAGGACAACACCUGCCCUCACUGCGACCGCACCUUCACCUCACACAACGGCCUGGUCGGUCACUUGCGAAUCUAUCGCACAGAGACUGGCGAACCAGUGCCUGGAGCACCAACCUACAUCCACCGCACUCGCCUCCACUGCCCAAACUGCCCUCGCACCUUCACGCACCGCAUGUGUCUAUUCGGCCACAUGCGCAUUCACGAGAGCGGAAUUGACCACAAUUCUGACACACCCAUCAGGCCCAGCACUACCCUCGCUCCAUCACCAUAUGCGCCCAUCAGCACCACCACCACAAUCACCACCACCACCGCUUCCUUUACAGCUUAA